AUGUUCUCAGUUGCUCCCAAGGAUGGUGCUGGACCAGCGAGCAAGAAGCUGAAAGCAUCUCCCUCUUUGUCUUCUGUUUCCGGUUCGCUGGUUCCUGGACCCUCGAAGGGCACCUCCUCUUCUUCCACCAAAAUAGGAUUUGUCCCAUUGAACUCCAUACCCUUUUCGUUGAGUGCGUAUCUCGAGUCGCUCACUGAGGACCAAAGAAGGUUAUUGCAGCUGGAGUGUGAGACACUGGGCAAGAGCUGGUUGAAGCUCCUGAAGGAUGAGAUCAAGAAGCCGUACUUCAUUGCCUUAAAAGAGUGGUUGUGGGAGCAGGGCCUCAAAGGUCCGAACGAUACUCCGAUGCCGCUCAAAAUAUACCCCGCACCCAAAGAUAUCUAUUCGUGGUCUAAUUUCACCCCGUUGGGUAGAGUCAAGGUCGUUAUCAUCGGGCAGGACCCGUACCAUGGAGCUAGGCAGGCGCAUGGGCUAUCGUUCUCUGUACCUACUGGGGUCGCCGUGCCUCCGUCUCUGAGAAACAUAUACGCCGAGAUCAAGGCGGAGUUUCCGGAGUUUGUCGCUCCAAAUCAUGGGAAUCUGACCGCCUGGGCCGAAAAUGGUGUUCUGAUGUUGAACACUUGUCUGACCGUGCGGGCCGGAGAAGCGGGUUCACAUUCCAAGCGAGGCUGGGAGGAAUUCACAGACAAGGUCGUGGACGUCGUGGAUCGACGUGGCCGUGGGUGUGUCUUCCUAUGCUGGGGGGCGUGGGCCGCGAAGAGGGUUGCUAAAUUGGAUGGAAACAAACACCUUAUUCUCACUAGCGCACACCCCUCGCCGUUCAGUGCGCACAAAGGCUUUCUAGGCAAUGGUCAUUUCGCGAAAGCGAACGAAUGGCUCGAAAAUCGUUACGGGAAAGAAAGUAAAGUUGAUUGGUGUACCUUAUAG